AUGCCAGCUCCAUCGAUUCCGCCUCUGUUUGCGAUGCGGGCAUCGCAAGAACAGCGCGACUCGACUACGGUCCAGGUGCUCGGCAUGGACGUAUCAUCAUCUCCUUCUUAUGCCCGUACCCAUUGCAACGCCAGCGACGGUUCACUGACCUCGGGCACAUCUACUCCACAGAUGCAAGGAGACUAUGCCGUGACGCGCAACUACAUUCCUUCGCACAGCUCUACCGCCUCUCGUUUGAACAAGCAAUCCUCCUUCAGCACGGGAACCUCAAACAGUCCCGCCAGCAGCGAGGCGCACGAAGAGCUCGCUUCCUUAUCGUCACGUUCGGCGAGUCAGUAUGACUCGUCCACGUUCCGACUCGCCGGCCCUUCCGAGACAACUUCGCGCAGAUCACAUCUCAACCACAGCAACCGCGUCUUGAGUCAUAAAGACUCGUUCGGUGGGUCCUACGGCAUGGGCUCGGGCGCAGAGCUCAGCUAUGAACCAAUCGAUGAGGCGUCGGCUUCGCCUCGUCUGGCCCGUUCGCAAAAACCUGCAACUUCUUCUCACGACGAUCAGCCACUCGAAAGCCAUCUGCGCACAGCUUCUUUCCCUCAUCUCCACGCUCUCCGAUCCACGCAGCAGCUGGGUUCGAGUCAAUCCACAGACGGCAGUGGAGGUUCUGACCUCACCGAGCCCGUUGAAGUCCUUGGACGUUCCUCAGCAUUCGCCAAUCUACCGACAUCCGACUCACUUGCCCCGAGGCAUUCCACUCUGACCACCUCCCGCUCCCGCUCCGCUUUGUCCGCUGCUGCCGAUGCCGCCUCUAGUUGCGACAGAGAGGUGGCAGAUACCACCUUUGCUGCCAAAUUCGACCAUUCCGUGUCGCUUGAACCUGCGGGUCGCUCAGAUGCUUGCCUUGAAAAGUCACUGGGCCUGCCUACGUCCGCCAUCGCGGAGAGCUCGCCCCGCUCUCCAUCGAUCUCUCUAGCCUCUAAAUCCAGUGAACGCAUCCGCGACGAAGUCACAACAUCUGCAGCAAGCUUUGCCCCUCCCAGCCGCUCCACAGCGCCGUUGGAUGACACAGAAUCGCAGCCUACCACGCAGAGCAAGCAUCAUUCCUCUGUCGCUCCAAUACAAGCAUCCCAGAAGAAAGACUACCACGAUACGGAUGAUCGCGAUAAGACAACCACGUCUAGCAGCAAAAGACCAAGCUCAAGCCGUGCGCGAGAAUCUGCUGCGCAUUCUGGCUCGGCCCGUGCAGAUGCCAACAGCUCGACAGCCCGUCCACUCAAAUCGUCUCAGCGCACUCUACCGCAGCUUCCAUCAGCAAGUGGCGUUCUUCCAGCGCCACCUCCAGCCAUGUAUUGGUCCAAGGCACCCGUCCACGGCAGCAUACCUCGCCGAAGUUUCCGCGCACACACCGCCAACCUGUGCGACGAGGUGCUCUGGCUCUUUGGAGGGUGUGACAAUCGCGGCUGCUUCCGCGAUCUAUGGUGCUUUGAUACCGAGACCAUGUGCUGGUCCAAGCCCAAAGUAACUGGUGACAUUCCUCCUGCUCGCCGUGCGCACUCUGCAACCAUGGUCAACAAGCGUCUCUAUGUGUUUGCAGGUGGUGAUGGCCCUCACUACUUUAACGAUCUCUACAUCUUUGACACUGUGUCGCUCAGGUGGACCAAGCCCGAAGUGGGCGGAACCGCUCCUAGUCCGAGACGUGCUCAUACGUGCAACUACUACGAAGGUCAGCUCAUUGUCUUUGGCGGAGGGAACGGGGUUGGUGCGCUCAAUGAUGUCCACACUCUCGACGUCAACGAUCUCUCACGUCUCGAGUGGCGCAAGGUACAAUGUAGUGGCAAAGUGCCCAUCGGUCGAGGAUACCAUACUUCCAAUCUGGUGGAUGGGAAGCUCAUCGUAAUCGGUGGAAGCGAUGGGCACAUGUCGUUCAAUGACAUCCACAUCCUCCGGCUCGACACGCGCACUUGGUAUCAAGUCAAGACCGAUGAGGUCCACAAUCGCCUAGGACACACAGCUACACAAGUCGGCUCGUAUCUCUUCAUUUUUGGCGGCCACGAUAGCAAGACCUAUACCUCGGAGCUGCUCACACUCAAUCUCGUCAAUUUGCAAUGGGAGCCGCGCAAGGUUUGUGGCAAGAGGCCGCAGGGUCGAGGCUACCAUCAAGCUUGGCUAAGGGAUUCAAGGCUCUUUGUACACGGUGGCUUCGACGGCAAAGACAUCUUUGACGACUUGCACUUUCUCGACCUAGCUGCUUGUGCUUAUCUGCCUCAGAUUACCAGCUUUAGCGUCGAGCUUGACGAUGAAGAAUAG